AAAGCCGUGUACCAUGCGGCAUACGAAGCCGAGGUCUAAUUAUAUAACUAUAGAAUACUCGGUACGAAGGUACAGUUAGUUACCUUGCAGAGACUGUACCUGUAUCUGAUUGGCCACACGGUUCAGGUAAAUGUAUACGCUGUCUCUUGCCGAACACACGGCUACCAGCCUACUAUAGACAGAUACCUCCACAGAAACACGGGAAAAUACACAAAAUUAGGUACAACAAUUCGUUAGGCUGUGAAUGUUACAUUAUUAAAAGUAUUUCGAUCGGUUUUUCGACGUUUUUCCAAUCGAUUUUCGGCGCGUACGGUAAAAUUUUAACAAGAAACCAACCUGUUGCAUCCAUUUUAAGUGUUUUAAAAGUGAAUUGUUUUAUUUAUGUGGCGAGAGGCAUCAAGAUCAACCUAAUUCCAAGCAAAACAGAAGUUUAAAUCGUACCCAAAUACUCCACGACCGACGUUUUUAUACUAAAAACUUUACAUUUUUAAAAUAUUGUGAUAUUGUUUAUUGUUGAAACAAAACUUUUUAAAGUGUGCAUUAAAGUGUAACUGACAUUUAGAAAGGUUAACUGGUUGCCUUUAUGAUAUCGAUAAAUACAAAUCUGUGAUCCGUUCGAUUGUAAUACUGUUAGAACUGGAAAUUUUUAAGUCAUAAUUCGGACAUUUUCGCCAAAAAUUUUGUCGUGCAACAGGUCAGACCAGCGAUUCAGGAUUUAACGGAACCAACAGGUGUCACGUGGCAAUAUGUCGGACUCUGUUUAAUUACAUCAAUAAAUAUGCCAUGCUAAGACGGUUUUAUCGAAAAUUCGAACCCUAUGAGUAUCAAAGGAUUAAACAUGAUCGGGCCCCAUUACAUAUGCGUCUUGUACGUGACGACGGCUGGUCUGCAGGGCCCCCUUAUGGGGUCAGACGAGCAAGAGAUCGUUCUUCUUAUUUACGUUAUUGUGGACGUUGUUCAUAACAAGGUAGUGGGAGUCCAACAAUAUACGAUACGACCGCAAGUAGCCGAUAUUAACGAAAAUAUAUUGUCGACGGAAGUGACGUCAGAGUCGGUAUUGACAGAUGACAUUAUCAAGACGACAGGUAGACAACUCGAAGAUGUUCUCACUGAAUUCGACGUUUAUUGUAGUAAUUUACACAUUGAUCCUCACAAUUCGGGAUUUAGGCUAGUGACAGACGGACAGCUGCCGUUAAGGCAGUGUCUGCACCCGGAAGCCUGUAGAAAAGACCUAGAUCUGCCAACGUAUUAUAGCAUUUUCCAUGACCUUAGGAAGGAAGUAGCCAAAUUUACGGCGAAAGGGGAAGAACCUCCCCAAUCGAUCGCCACUAUGUUAGAACAUUUAGAAAUAAAACCUGAACCAGAGAACGAAUUUUAUAAAAAAGAAGCUAAAGAUAUGGUUAAUAUUGUACAGAGACUUAUUUCAGUUGGGCAUAGAUUCGAAAUACCUGAAAGUAUUCACCUUACUCUGGAACCCGGCAUAUGUUCAAAAGACGAUGAAAUUGACAGCAAUUGUGUGGUAAGAGCGAGAGGAUUACCCUGGCAAAGCAGUGAUCAAGAUAUUGCGAAAUUUUUUAGAGGAUUAAAUGUCGCCAAGGGUGGUGUAGCUCUGUGUCUAUCAGCGCAAGGUCGAAGAAACGGAGAAGCGUUAGUGAGAUUCGUGAGCCAAGAACAUAGAGACAUGGCGUUGAAGCGACACAAGCACCACAUCGGCAGCCGGUGGAUAGAAGUAUACAGGGCGACCGGAAAUGAUUUCCUGUCAGUGGCUGGCGGGUCCAGUUGCGAGGCCCAGGCGUUCCUGUCGAAAGGCGCAGCUGUUAUUGUCAGAAUGCGGGGAUUGCCGUACGACUGUACCGCCAAACAAGUGUUGGAUUUCUUUGCUAGCGGCGAAAAUUCGUGUCAAGUCCUAGAUGGCGUCGAUGGCGUUUUAUUCGUCCGGAAACCGGACGGCCGAGCGACUGGGGAUGCCUUCGUGCUGUUCGCCAACGAAUCCGACUCACCAAAGGCUCUCUCCAAGCAUAGGGAGUGUAUAGGCUCCCGAUAUAUCGAAUUGUUUAGAUCGACGACUGCGGAGGUGCAACAGGUCUUAAAUCGAUCGAUGGAUCCAAAGACCUAUGAACAGCAAGCGCCACUCAUUGCUCAAAUACCACAGGUGCCUUUGUUGCCACAACAAUUUAUCACUUCCGGAACCAGAAAAGACUGCAUUAGGUUAAGAGGACUACCUUACGAGGCUCAAGUCGAACACAUUUUGGACUUUUUGGGCGACUACGCCCAAAAUAUCGUAUUGCAAGGUGUUCAUAUGGUGAUCAAUGCUCAGGGCCAACCAAGCGGUGAAGCCUUCAUCCAAAUGGACUCCGAACAAUCGGCUUUCAUGACGGCCCAACAAAAACACCACCGGUACAUGAUUUUCGGCAAGAAACAACGCUACAUCGAAGUAUUCCAAUGUUCCGGCGAAGACAUGAAUCUCGUACUGACAGGAGGCAUUCCGGCACCAGUAUCGCCCGCCAAAGCAGCUCCGGCUCUACUAAGUCCCGGUAUGUUACCUCCAAUAGCGCCACUUCCACCCACUAAUAUACCACCGCCCCCUCCUCCGCACACGGCCGCGCAAACGAAUUUGUCCCAGAGUUUGGUUACAGCCGCACAGCACCAUCACGCUCACCACUUUACUUGGGACAACCAGGCCUUGUUUGCACAGCAACAGGCUCAAAUAAUAGCGCAGCAUAAUUUAAUGGCGCGCCAGAAUCAAGCGCAGCAGGCGCAGAACGAGAUGAUUUUAAUGAAUCAAAUAGCGCAGCAAAAUUUGCUGUUCAGUCAGAAUGUAGCCGGAUCUUUAUCACCGACCGGUUCUUCUACCCCUUCACCCGUUAAUUCCGUCCUAAAAGCGCAGCCGCAACACCACGCUAUGUCGAUGUUGCCUAUGCAUCCGUUCAUGUACUUACCUCCGCGCAUGCCUAUAGCUUUGCAAAGACCUCCGCCGGUCUUGUAUCCGCAUCUGAUGCAAGGGCAGACUCCUGGGGUUUUUAACGUUACGCCCCACGUGGCUGUUAAAAGAAGCUACGGCGAUGCUUUUAACGAUCAAGCUUCUCCUGCUAAAAGACCUUUUGCUCCUACUAGUUUGCCGGUGUAUCCGCAAUUUUAUCCCAAUAUGUAAAUGCAGCUCUCUGGUUGUGAAAUGAUUCGACCGAGUUUGAACCUUCAAAAUUGGUUAUAGUGAGCUAUGCGGGUAAUUAACAUUUACUUGAAUCAAAGUCAAGACAACAUGAGCGAUAAUAUUUUUUAUUAACGAAAUUAGUAGCACAAAAAAUUUAUUAAAUAAUUUAAAAUUUAAACCGGUAGUCAGGGUUUUGGUUUGGUUCAUUAAACAAUAAAUCAAAUUUAAGCAGUUAAUAAUAGUUAACUUUAUUUUACGGUAUGUUAAUUGCUUAAGUUUGAUGUAUUGUGCUAUGAACCAUUGUUUAUUUUCCUUUUAGGCCUGAAGAUGGCCCUUGAGCUGAAAUCGGUAGCCUGUGUUAACUUAUAAAUUUUGGUGUGGUAAUGAUUUUGAGAAUUUUAUUUUCAUUUAUUAAAUGAUUUGUUAAUGAUUGGAAUAAUUGAAUCUGCUUGUAAUUAUAUUGAAUCAAAUUGUUUAACUUACAGGCGCGAUAAAUGACAGUACAAAUUUAUAGGUCAUUGACCUGUACAUUUACACAUUUACCAUCUACUAAUAACAAAAAAUUGUUUUAAAUAAAUCCUGGGAUUUUAAUUUUUACUUUGAGGGAAAAAAUAUAAUAAAUGUAAGUUUUGUAACUAAAUUAAUUUCUGUUACUUAAUUUAGGGCAUUUGAUGAAAGAUCAUUAGAUAAAUCAUGCAAAAAUCGUACAAAAUAUUAAAUUUAUUCAUAAAUGAAAUAUCACUUGCUCAAUUAUCUAGGUUUGCUCAAAUAAUUCGGUGCUCUUUUGCCGUCCCAUUACACAUCUACUUUUUCUAAUCACGAAAUAUUUUGGGACAUUUUGUGAAUUACUUUUAAUUAUUUUCCUCGAUGAAUAUUAUUCAAUAUAGUCGCUCAUGGGUCAAUUUUGAAGGUUUAUAGAAAAAAAAAUCGAAAUAUAUUAUUUCUUCCUUAAUUUAGAAUCUUUCUGUAAAGAAUUUUGUUUAUAUUAUUAGAUAUAAUUAAUCAUAAUUAGAUAGGAAAAAUCGUUAUUUUUUUUAGACAAAACUCCAGUUUUGUCUUUGCUCUUCUUCUGUCCUAUUAUUUUUCUUCCAUUAAGUUUUUAAAUUUUCUUUAUAUUUAUAUUUUGUUUCAAACAUUAACUUACUUAUUAAGUUUUGAAGAUUUAAAUUCUUCAGUUAUAUUUUUGACUAAACUAUAUUAUUCUUAGGAUAGUGAGAAACCAAUCAUAUUAUGUAAUUAAUAAAAAAUUAUAGGAUUGAUAUUAUAACGAAUUUUUUUCGGAUAUGAUAUCCUAAAAAUUUGUAAAAUAAUGUAAAUAAGCCGAAGAAGAUUUUACAUUUUGAUAUACGAUUUACAAAAGCAGUUAAUUGUUGAUUUAUAUCAUAGUUAUAGAAUAAAAUAGAAUAGAAAAUUAAAAUGGACUACUCAAAUUAAGACAAUAAUUUUGAUGUACUUAAUUUUUGAUAAAAAAAUCCUUAAAUACGGUUUUUUCAUUAAAUUUGUUAUUUUAUUUUUGGGUAAUAAAAAAUCAAAUUUAAUGAAAAAAUACGAAAUUGACUGGACUAUAAGUGCCUUUUGUGUAAAAAAUAUUGGUUUUAUACAGGGUGAGCAAAAAUAGUCCAAGAAAAUUAUGAAAUAUUUUCAUUUAUACUUAUAUUGAAAAUGUAAUUAAAAUAAUAUUUACUAAUUUGCAUCACCCUGUAAUUCGAUAUUAUAAAAAAAACAUCGUGAUAAAUAUUUAUUAUUUAAUUCCUGAUAGGGUUGUGAGAAAAGAAAAAGAACAUUCCGAAAUUUACCCCCUCCCCCAAAUCUUGCCCCGCCCCCCUGAAACGUGAUCAGCUGUGACUUUAAUGAAUCAUAUUUUUUUACUCAAUUUUUCCCGCGCUGUGGUUGAUAUAGUAACAACAAACUCUGGGACAAGUGAUUUUUAGACAGGGUACCGAGCCCCUGGUUUUUAUUUUUUGAUAAUAUACUUUCUAAUAAUUAAAAGACUGGGACUCUGCUACAAUUAUUGUGAUGAAAAUGCAUUCCGAAUUUUCAAUUCUUUUUUGUUGAUAUGGAACCAGAAUUUUUAAAUCGAAUCUGAUGUUUUGUUAUAUAAUUUCUAUACAAAAAAAGUAUACAAUGAGAAUAUUAAAAAUUCUGCGCGUUCCUUACUGUUGUUAUAUACAUAUUUUUGAUAGUUCCCGACUUUUUUUCGAAAAUAAUUGCUAUUAAAACAUUUUUAUAAUUCAUAGGGAUAUAAUCCAAUACAUUAAGUGUUAAAAAAUGUUAUUACAAUUUCAAAUUAUAAUUUAUUCAGUUUUAUAGCUUGUUAUUUAUUGUUGUACAAGAGUUUUGCUACAUUUAUUCCAAAAAUAAUGAUAAAAAAUUACCACAAAACUGAACCUUUAAAGUAUCCUUAGAAGUGAUAAUGAUCUUUAAUCUAUGAUAUUUUGUAUAUACCUAAUACAUGAAUAAUUUAUUACUUUGAUUGGGUGUUUGCGUAGAAAAUGCAAUUCUUGUCUGUUAGUUAUGGCUAUUAUUAUUUUUUGAUGUCUUUAUGCAUAUCUUCAAACCUUCCUAUGAACAGAUUUUAUUUUCAAGAAAAAUAAUUUGUUGAAACUGGUAUUCCUAUUUAGCAUCUACUGUUUCUAUCCUAAUGCUUAGUGCAUUUUGUUCAAAUUUUUAUAGUCCGUAUCUGUAGAAACCUUAUGUCCUUUUGAUUUUAUUAUUUUUCUGCGCUUCUUUAAGAAUCAACUUAUUUGUCUUUUCUAAGAUGGUUUGUAUAAUUGAUUUGAAGUUGUACCACUUAAAGGUACAUUUCACAUUUAUUCCUUUUAUUACACACUUGAUUUUCAUUGGUAUAAAUAGGUUAUAAAACAAAUAUUCUAUAUUUUCUAUUGAUAUUUUGCUACAUUUGUCAGAAAAUUUAAAUCUUGGUUUUAAAACGGAUCAUUGUUGAUAUUACAAAAUUUUUCAUUAAAAUUUAUUACCGUGUUUAUAUAACUUGUUAUAUUGUGUUAACAGACGCUCUUGAAGUUUUUAUCAAUUAAAACUUUUCGCGAAAUAAUGUUUUUUUCGCAAAUUAAAUUAUAUUGUUGAAAAUUUUAAUCCUUAAUUUGUUACAUAAAAAUUAAAUUUUAAGAGUUUAAGAAAGUAUUUUUUUAGAACUAGUUGUCCAUUUUGAUUAAUUUUUUGGUGAGGUAAUGUUGCUUGAAAAACUAAGUACACUAUAUAACAAGUUUUAUUGCUUAUUACAACAGUUUAGCAACAUUUACUAUAAAAUAUUGAUAACAAAAAUCACAAAACUGAACCUUUAUAAUGUCCUGGAAAGUGACAAUGAUCUUUUAUUUAAGGAAUUUUGUAGAAACAAUAGAGGAAUAAUUUAUUACUUUGAUUCGGCGUUUGAGUAAAAAAUACAACUAAAAGCAAUUGUUUUUAACAAUUACGGUCUUUAUACAUAUCCUCAAAUCUUCCUAUGAACAGAUUUUGUUCUUAUGCAAGAGUUAACUUAUUUAUCUUUUCUUAGAUGAUUUGUAUAAUUGAUUUAAAGUUUUACCAUUUAUUUCUUACAUUUAAUCCCCUUUUCACACGAUUUUGAUAUAAAUAGGUUCGGAAACGAAUUUAUGAAACAAAUAUUCUAAAUUUUCUCUUGAUAUUUAGCUACAUAUAUCGGAAAAUGGAAAUAAUGGUUCUAAAACAGAUCAUUGUUGGUAUGGUAUUACAUAAUUUUUCAUUACAAGUUUUUAUCAAUCAAUAAUUUUCGUUAAAUAAUGUUCAUUAUAAUUUUUUAAAUGGUUUACUCAUCAUAAUUAUUGGAAUUAUAUUACUAUGAAUUAAUAAUUAUAUAUUUUCGAUUAAAUAAAAGGGGACUUUUGUUUACUAUUUUUUUUAUUAAUAGUAAAAAAAAUAAAAUUAUAUUUUUUCUAAUUCACUUGGUCCUCUAUUCCAUGUUUAAGGCUUUUGUUAUAACAAAAUACGUCUGCGAACUAAUUCAAUAGACCUCUGGAUAUGGGUAUUUGUUGUUUACAACUUAUAUGGUUUUAGGAAAAAUGUUGAAACUAAAGGCAACUAUUUUUUAUUAUUAUUUAAUUUAUAAUUUUUAAGUUUUAGUUUGUAUCAUAUAACGUUUUAAUUAAACAAUAUUAAAAUUAUCUUUGAUAACACAUAUUCGUGUUAUCCGAGCAGGUCGGCACGCCGACCGGAUUUAAGUCUAUUUAAUUAACUUCAGUUAGUGAUAUAUAAAAGUUGUCUUUUGUUGUGUCUUUGUCACUGUUGUCAAUAGAUGGCGAAGGGUUAUUUUUGAGGGCUCUAAAUUAAGCACAGUACCGUACUAGUAAAAGUUGUCAGUUUAGUUGAAAUACCAACAUUAUAUACAGGGUAUUUUAAAAAGUGUAAGAUCUCGGUAAACUAGUGCUUAAUUCAGCGUCCUCUUGUUAGAAUUUUUUGAAAGUAGACUAAGAAACAUUGUACAAAAUCAUGGUGUAUAAUUAAUUCAUUUAUUUUUAUUAUAUAUUGGGAUUUAGUUCUUAGUUUAAUAGAAUAUUUUGUUGCCGGUACAGUACGAUUUUCGAAAAAUUUGUUUUUUUUAAAUAAUUUUCGAAAAUCGUACUGUGCCGGUCGAGUAGGUCAAAGUUUAAGCCUCUUUUUCCGUAUGAGCUUUCGCUAGAUACUUGAAUUUGAUUUGGUGUCCUGCUUUUCACAUUCAUUAUUUUUUUAACUCAGGAAUGGUGUUGGUGAAUGGUACAAGAUUUUUGACCACGCAUUUUGGUUAACAGAACGACAUUCUUUGUUAAACAAGCUUCUUUUUGAAAUAAUUUGAUUUUCUAUUUAUAGAUUAUUGAAUUUCAAAGAAUUUCGUUCUGUUUACAGGUGAUCUUUUUAAUUUAUCCAGUUUCAGGUAGAAAAGAAUGUGGUAAGUACAGUGCGAUUGUUUAAGGCCUGUGAAUGUCAAUAACAACAUUUAAAAUAUUUUGAAACGUGUUUUUGUCUCCCUUAAACAAUUAGCCUGUGCUUUAUUUUUAACACUGUGCUUUGAGUUGGAAUAAUUUUUCAUAGAGACAUAAGUUCAGUGUUUAAAAUAGUCUUCAAGAAAUUUAAAAAAAAUGCAGGUGGGUAUCGAAUAUUCGAAAUCGAAAUAAAAUUGUUAUUUUUUUAUUAGUAAUUUCGUCAUCAUUAGAAUUUAAAAACUCUAAAUUUAAAACCAAAAUAAAAUUUUAAAUAUUUUGAAGUAAUUAUACUUAAUUUUUUUUCUAAUAUUGAUAAUAAUUUAUAAAAAAAAUAUUUUGAGAUUGUACGUAUAGAAUAAUUUUAUUUUGAAUUUACGACAUUGCAUAUUAAUCAAAAACAUUUGUUCAAAAAAGUCGAAUGAGAAAAAUAGAUUUCAAAUAUAUUUCAACAUUCUUACCAGAGACUAAUUUUCAUCGACACUGAAGAAUAAAAAAUUAAAUAAAAAAAAUUAUACCAACAAAAACAUCUUGAGACCGCUUAAUAUUAGUAAAAAUGUGUAAAAAUAUAAAAUUUAAAUUUUGAAUAGAUAAAAUUUUUGGUUUCUAUAUCACUAAACUUUUUUAUUUACAAUUUCAUUUUAUAUUGCUUCUGCAUAAUUUCAAGUAUUUCUAAUUAAAAAGCCUUCUAAUUUUGACUUUCGUAAGUAUAUUUUAAUAUCAGAAACUUAUAGCCCGGCAAAUAUUUUAACUUUCAAUUUAUAUAGUCCGGGAAAAACAAAUAUUUAACAUUAAAUUUUCAUUAAGUUUGGGAAAUAAAUCUCAACCAUUACAAUACAAUCAAAACAAUGUAAUAAAACUAUGGUCUAGAUAGAAUGUCUUGUAUGGGUGUGUACUAACCAACCAGGAAGGUAACUUUCUCCCCCUUCCUCCCUUUAAGUAGGUACUAACAAAAACAAUGUGGUGGACCUGUCAUGUUAUGUUUCGGAAUGUCAAAAAAUUAUUUUCACCAAGCCUUAUUUACUGUCUAGCGAAGGUUCUAUCUAUUUUCAUUUUUUUCGUGGUAUGGGUAGGCACAGCACCAGAUGGAAUUUUUGCUUUUCUUUCAACAGCUUUGUGUUCUUUUCGAAAAUAGUAAGAAGUACAUAACGAUGGUAAUUUUUUUGAAUUUUCUAUGAUAUAAUAAAUUUCAGGGUGUUCCGUAUAAGCAAUGGAGAGUUUCCAUUAAAAUAUUGGUUGUUCUCUAUAAAUAUUGGGGUGUUCAUUAUUAAUAAUGGGGUGUUCAUUAUAAAUAACGGGGUGUUCAUUAUAAAUAGUGGGGUGUUCAUUAUAAAUAACAGGGAUUUUCACUGUAAUUAAUUUUGGUUCACUAUAAAUGAACGAGAGUUCACUAUAAAUGAACGAGAGCUCAUUAAAAAUUAAGGAGUUCAUUAUAAAUAAGUGGAAGUAGCUAAAAAAAGGAGUGUUCACUACCAAUAAAGGUAUUUUCACUAUAAAUGAAGGGUAAUGGGAUUUUUAUUUAAAUUUUGUGUUCACUAAUUUUGAAGGGGAGUUUACUAUACAUGAAGGGAUGCCCAUUAUAAAUGAAGGGAUGCUCAUUAUAAAUGAAGGGAAGUUCACUAUAAAUGAAGGUAUGUUUACUAUAAAUUAACAGAUGUAGAAAGACAUACAAAAAAGAUGCAACAUCCAAGUUUAAUGACUCAUAACUUUUUCUUAUAUUAUUAUUACUAUGUUUGACUGACAGACAGACAGAAUAAUUUUUUAAAUGUUUGAGAAACAAAUACAAUUUAUGUUUUACUUUAGAUUUUUAUUGAAUCUUUAAAUCUAUUGCUCUAAACAGUAAAUUCUAUUUUCCACAUAUAUCUGAAUCUGGUCUUCCAGCAGGCCAUGUUUAUUCACUUCACGGGCUAUUUCAAUCUUUGUGAUUACUUUUGUAUGAUCCGUUUAAUAUAAAUAUGAAAUAAUAUCAAAAAUAAAAAGUUAUGAAUUGGCAUUAAUUUUGAUUUUAAAUAUGGAGAAUUCGCUAUAAAUAAUAGUUUUUUACUAUACAUAGUGGGUGUUCACUUCAUUAUUAGGAGGUUUACUAUCAGUAAUGGGUGUGUACUUUGAAAUAAUGAGAUGUUCUCUCUAAAUAAUGGGUUUUUACUAAAAAUAACCAUUAUUUCACUAUAAAUGAUUGAUUGUAAUAUAAAUAAUGGGAUGUUCACUAUAAAUUACUAAAAACAAUGGUUUAUUCACUAUAUAUUGAUGUUCACUAUAAAUAAUGACAUGUUUACUAUAAUUAAUGAGUUUUUCACUAUAAAUAAUGGGGUGCCUACUAAAAAUAAUGGUUUUUUUUAUAUAUAAUGGGAUUUUUACUAUAAAUAUUGAAUGUUCACUAUAAAUAAUGAGGUUCUCAAUAAAAUGUAGAGGGAUGCCACUAUAAAUGAUUGCGUAUUCAUUAAAAAUAAUGGGAUCUAGUAUUUUAUAUAAAUCAUGGAAUUCAGUAUAGAAUUACCAUCGUAUUGCAUAAACUUUCUUCCAAUUUUUUUUUAAUUCUUCAUUUUUAUUAAUCUCAUUUUCAAAAACUUUUUUGUUAUUUCUGGUAUUUUGCCUGACCCGGUUACAGAAAAAAUUUGGCAAAUUAUUAAUUUCUGUGAACACAUUGAUUUUUCUGUAACGUUUAUGCAGCUACUCUUUAUCGUUUAAACAAAUUGUCUUAAUAUACACAUUAAUAAAUGUUUUGUCACAAUAAUGCUUUUUGGGUUUGUUGUCUCUCCUCUCGCUAUAUUACAUAACACAUCUCUCAUGUACGGGGGCGAUUCGGAAAAUUGAAAUUUUUGGAAAUUUUUCGUUCUACGGAAUUUUUUCCGGGAAAAGUAUUAUAUGGGUUGAUAUAUUUAUUUGUUAAAGUUAAUGACAAUAUGUUGACAGCUGCUAAAAAGGGGAAUAUUACUAACAUUUAAAUAAGAGAAUUUCACAUGUUUUUCAAAAACACUUAUAUCCAUAUAACUUAUUUGAAACUAGUUUGCUUGUUUAUAACACUUGAAAUAUAAAACAAUUACGCACUAAUGAGAGUAUAUUAAAUUGGAUCGCAAAAAUGCAAUAUUUUUCUCAUAUGGCACUACCAGUAACUAUUAAAAUUUUUGACACCGUUGUGUUAAUAUUUUUGAUCACGCUUUCCACACUCCAAAUAUUACUAUUCCUGGACUUUUUUCUUUCGGACGGGAAAUUUUAACAUUUCGACUUUUCGGAACGCCCCGUAUAAACAUACAUAUACUUGGUGAUCCUGGAGAAGAUGGCAGUUAAGUGUGGGACAUCGUUGCUUCUAUAUAUAUGGAGGCGGCAAUAUUUUACCGACGCCCUUCCAUCCAGGGCCGAAUUUCCCAGGAUACCCCCCCGUGCAGUUGGCAGCGGCCGCGCUCGAUCCUAGACAGUUCAUGCCUCCGCAGAUCUUCUACUGGCCGUACCCCAGCCCACCUGUGUCGCCGACGAAUUACUACCCCACGAUACCGCCACCGGGUCAGUUACCCCAGCAGCAGCCGCAACAACAAAUGAUUCCUCCCGAUUGCGCACCCAUGCCUCAGCUGGCGCCGCUUCCAGUGGAUCCACGCCUCUUAGCCGAAAUGCAUAGACACGAUCCUGAUAAGGAAAACAGGACGAAUCUUUCUCAUAAUCAAUACGUUGAGAUUAUAAUUUAAUAGCUAAUUUAUCAAAAAACAAAAACAAUAUAUUUUCCCCGAAAUAUUUUAGUAGAAAACCUUUUUCUGAGACAACCUGUAUGAUAAUAGAAUUCUCCUGCAGGUCAGGUAGUAUAUUACGAUUUUUUAAAAUAAUCAACUUUUAGAUUUAUUGACACGUAUAUUUACAGUGUGAGCAAAAUAAGAACGAACAAUUUGUGAUAAAUAUAGAAAAAAAUGUACAAAUUUCAAUUCAAUUUAAACAUCUUAAUCUACUAAUUUUUUGGGGUUAAAUUAACAAAUAUAGUGAUAUUUAGAUGUUCUCAAAAAUAAACUACAGUCAAUACUAAAUUAAAUUAUUUUUGGGGAUAUUAUUUAUCGGAAAGCUAAUUCAGUCAACGUUUUUGAAAAAUUUUACCUAAUUUUAGUUAAAAACUUGCCUCUCCGCCUUAUAUUUAGUGCCAGGCUUUAACAUUCUUAUGUAUUCGUUAAGCAUUGAUAGCAGGAAUUUUUGUAACCACAAAAUUACCAUGUUUGUAUUCAUUUUUAAUUCCAACUGAUAGUUUUAUGGUAAGAGAAUGACUGAAAAUCAUAUAUAAAUAAAUGUGUUAUGUCUUACCUUUGAGAUGAUCUAUUUAGAGCAGUUGGCAAUCCUUCUUUAGUGACAUAUCCUUCUACAGUGACAUAUUCUUCUUCAGUGACAUUUUCAUGAUGCUUUAUUCAUUGUCCUAGAUUAUAUCCUUUGUUACUGCUCUUCUGAUUGGGACAUGCAUCCUAGACCCUACAUUGCUUUCAGAUAGGACUUUUAGACUUCUUCAUUUAUCCAAAAAGAUAAAAAUUCUAAGCUGUUAAGUCUGGGUAAUAAUGGCAGGACCUCUAAUGAUAUGUUUAGCAAUGUAAGGUGGAUGGAAUCUUCUGUAUACCAUCUGGAAGAGAUACUGGACCUUUUCUGCUGAUAGUUUGAUCCAUUAUAUUGUUUGGAGUUAAGCUAUUUCAAAGAAAAUUCACAAAAAGCGAAAUAAAUGUUUUGAAUCCAUUUUCUUUUACCUAAUGCUAUCAAUGCUUGAUGAAACGUUAAAAUUUUAAAAUUCAGCUCAUCAACCAUUGAUCAAUUAUCAUUUCAUCUUAAAAUUUAUUUAACAUUGGUUUAACCUUUUGGUUUUAGUGAGUUGAAUUGUGAAUUAAAGUUUAAAAACUGGCAUUUGAAAGCACUGGAACUGUAGUGACCAUUUGUUGCACAUAUCAAAUUUUUUUAUAUUUUUAUCUCUUAAGAUAUAGUUAUAAUGAUAUCGUACCUAGGUGAAUUAAUAUAUAUUAUAAAUUAAUAUAUCUAUACAAAUAUGUAUAUCUGUUAGCUAUUAUUUAUAUAUUUGUUGAAUAAGCGAUUUUGAUUUUUUUUUACUUUUUUAGCACAGAGCGGCACUUAUAGGAUAAAAUUAAAUUUAAAAAUAAUUUAAAAUAUUUGUUUUUUAAAUAUUCUGUAGCUCUUUGGUUGUUAAAAAUAUUCUAGGAGUUUCGGAAUUCACCAAAAUAUAUAAAUAAUGAACGCCCAAACUCUUUAGAUAUUUUUAAAAAUUGCUCAAAAUAGUUCAUUUAAAAAAAUCGAUUUGACAUUUAGGACAAAUAUUUUUUAAUAUAAUUUUAGCUAAAAUUUUAUUCCUAAAUUAAUUUUAUAGUAAACUCGACAUUAAGUAUAAAGAAACAGCAAAAAUUACUAUGUCUUCCAAAACAAUAAUUUUAUAAUAUGUUAAUUAUUGUACAUUUUAUAAAAAUUGAGCCUCGCCUGAAAUGCUGCUUAAUUUUUUAUACAAUUUUUUGUGAUUUAGUUGAUAACUUAUUUUAGUAUAUGAAGAAAACAGCAACGAAUUAAUGCUUGCAUAUACCGAAGAGGGCCUUGCAUCGUUAAAAUAAUUUUAAGAAUUUCGGCCUGUACUAUAACACUCUUUUUUUUACUUACAUAGCUAAAGUGAUGUUGACGAGCGUUUAAAACAAGUAAAUACUACAUUUUUAUACUUAGGAAAUUUUACUUUUAGCCCCUGGACUAUUAAUUUCAAAUUGUAUUUAAAGUCUCUUUCGGUUGUCAUGGAAACUCACGAAUAUAACGCAUACAAUGCUGAAAGGUUGACAUGGUACUUCUCGAGGUUGAUAUGGUACCUGUUGAGGUUGAUAUGGUAACUCACGAGUCGUGAGUUACCAUAUCAACCUCGUGAGUCACGAGGUUAAUAUGGUAACUCUCGUGGUUGACAUGGAAACUUUCGAGGUUAACAUGAUAACUCUUAAAAUUGUCAUGCUGACUCUCGAGGUUGUUAUAGAAACUCACGAGGUUGCUAAAAAGCUCACAUGAUCACUAUAAAACUCACAUGAUCACUAUAGAACUAUUUAAAUCUAUAGAAAAUCAUGAGUUUAAUACAGAAAGUAUUAAGUAAUAAUUUAAAAAUUAAGAGAAUUUAAUUUGCACACUCAGGACGUCUAAAAAGGUUAACUGUGGAAACUCAAGAAGUUGUUAUGUAUUCUUGAUAUUACUAUGGAAACUCACGAAGUUAUAAGGAAAAUAACUAGGGUCCUAUAAAAAUUUAAGUGUUAUAUAAACUUACAAGAUUCCUAUAAAACUAUGAUCACUAUAAGACUAAUGAAGUCUAUAGAAUCACAUCAGUUUAACACGAAAAUUAUUAAGUAAUAAUUUACACUCAGGACGUCUAAAAACGUUAACUAUGGAAACUCAAGAAGUUGCUACGGAUUCUGAUGAUAUUACUAGGGAAUCUUAUGAAGUUACAUGAAUGGUAACUAGAGUUCUAUAAAUAUUUACACGCUAGUUUUAAAAACUCACAAGAUUGCUAUAAAACUCACAAGAGUGCUAUAAAACUCACAAGUUCACAGGUCGAAGUCUCUCUAGAAAUUCAUGACUUUGAUGCGGAAACUAAUAAGUAAUCAUUUAAAAAUACAUAGUAAUUAUUUUAUACACUCAAGAAGUCUGUAAAAACGUUUUAAAAACGUUUACUAUGGAAACUCGAGAAGUUACUAUUUAAAUUUACGACGUAGCUAUAGAAAUUUGCGAAAUUUAGUGGAAGGUAACUAGGGUUCUAAAAAAAUGUACGUGUUUGUUAUGGAAACUCAUGAGGUUGCUAUAAAACUCAAAAGAAAACUAUAAAAUUAUUGAGUUAUCUAUUGAAACUCAUGAGUUUAAUACGAACACUAUUACUUAAGUAUUAAUAUAAAAAUCCAGAGCAUUUGAUUUAUACACUCAUAACGUCCUAACAGAUUAACUAUAGAAACUCAAGAAGUUAUUAUGGACUCUCAUGAUGUUUCUAUGGAUACUCACUAAAUUACAGGGAAGGUAACUAGGAUCCUAUAAAAAUUUACGUGUAUUUCAUAGAAACUCACGGGGUUGCUAAAAACUCACAAGAUCACUACAAAACUCACAAGUUCACUAUAAAACUGUCAGAAAUUAAUAAGUAAUCAUUUAAAAAUACAUAACAUUUGAUUUAUACACUCAGGACGUCUGUAAAAAUUUUUACUAUGAAAACUCGAGAAGUUGCUGUGGAAACUCACGAGAUUGCUGUGAAAACUUACGAAGCUUCAUGUAAGCCAACUAGGACCCUCUAAAACUUUACGUGAUUGUUAUAGAAACUAACUAGGUUGCUAUAAAACUCACGGGAUUGCUAUAAAACUAUCGAUGUCUCUCUAGAAGCUCAUGAAUUUAUUAAGGAAACUAACAAAUAAUCAUUUAAAAAUCCAUAGCAUUUGAUUUAUACACUGAGUGCCUGUAAAACUAUGGAAACUUAAAAAGUGGCAAUGAAAACUCACGAGAUCGCUAUGGGAACUCACGAAGUUUCAUGGAAACUAAGUAGAACCCUAUAAAAAUGUACGUGGUUGGUAUAGAAACUCACGAGGUUGCUACAAAACUAACGAUGUCAUUCUAGAAACUCAUGAGUUUAAUAUAGGAACAAUAUCAAAAAACAGUGCAUUUGAUUGAAACACUCGGUAAGUUGUUAUAAUUUUUAUUAUAUCCCGGAACAUGAGUUACCAGCUUAAAAAGUUAAAUGUGGAAACUCUUGCGGUAUAUAGUUAUAGAACUCUCGAAGCUUGCCAUGGAAACACUCAAAAUUGGUAUGCGAAUUUUCGACAUUGUCAUGGAAACUCUUGAAGCUGUCAAGGGCGCCUACGAGGCUAAAGAGAACUCGAGUAACCAAUAGUUUGGAACCACACGAACUUUUUGUAAAAAAAUAUUGUUAUACAGCCAGGAAUUGAUAGUCUUGGGGCAAAUUGCAGCAAAAUUGAAAAUGUUUAGAAUAAAAAAUUGCCUAACGCUCAAAAAAAAAAACUAUUUCUAGGACACUAAUGUGCAAUACUUUUAAGUUUGAUAAAUAACGCAUAGUCACGUAUAGUUUAGGGUCUAAAUGACUUUAAAGUAGUUGUUCAUAAUAUGAACUUAUUGAUUGUUGUUUAUUGUAAAGUUUAUAAUGAUAAUUUUUAAGAAUUGAGCAUUAAUAUAUUCAGAACUUUUGAUCGGUUUCUGAUGGCGAAUUUGACUCAAAAUAAUGAGUUAAAUUCAUUGUCAGAAGUUGAACAAAUUUUAUUAAAUAAAUCUACCUGAUGUAACUUAGUUGAUAUUUAAGUAUUUACAGAAUGUCCCAAGUUUUUAAAAAUGUAAUAAAAUUACGUAUUCCAUUUUUGACGGAAUUGAUGUUUGGAUAAAAUAUUUCUAAUAAAAAAAAUGGGUCAUUCCGUUAAAAAAAUUAAUUUGUAGAUUUGUUUUCUUCCUCUUCAAUGACAAUUAUAAGUAAAUGUUAAGAUUGAAAUUUUUUGUAUCUUAAAAUUUGAUCAUUCGAUUUAGCUACGAUAAAAUUUUGUUUUUUACAAAAAUAAUGUUUAUACCUACUUUUGCGCAAAGAUACAUUAUUGCCGAUGUCAACAAAAAUUAGUUAAUAAUUUUUCAAUUCUAUUUCACUGUUUUUGUUAUGUUAAAAAUAAAUAAUAU